UCCUUGGCCUCCCGGACCGGGGCUCAGGGGAGGGGGACAAUCCCUGGCCCGCACCUUGGCAAACUGAGCGGGGCUGAGGUCUGGCGGUGUGGCGAGGAGUUGCCAGGGGUGGUCCGCGUAGAGGAUCUCAGGCUAGGCUGGAGGGCGGCGGACUUUGAGGGGGUGGCCGAGGGUUCACAGAGUUUCUCUUGGGAUAGCACGGAGGGGGGGAUUCUAGAAGAGCCUUGCUAUGGCUUUCUUGCCAGGAGCGGUCGGAGGGGAUAUACAGGAGGGUUGACGGUGGGUGGAACAGGUGCAUGGCGACGGGCGUGAGGAGGUGGGGAACGUGAGGGUCCUGCCUCUCUGAGACCCCGGCCAGGUGAGGGCCAAAUAAGACUGCUGGAGGGAAAGCAGGCCGCUGUUGGAUUGGGUCCAUUUCAGUUUGCAGGUUCUGGGUGUGAGAAUUUAAAAGCCUGUGCCAGAAGUUGGUCUUCAGCACUCCAGGGGAAUUGCAGUGGGGCUGUCUCCCCUCGGUCUUCUGUCCCCACCCCCUCCUUGCUGCACCCUCCUUUUCCACCGGUCCCAGGCGCGGUGGAAAGAAAUGCUUUUGCCCUCUCCCAUGGCCUCUGGAACUGCUGGAAACCUUUCCUCCAACCAGAAAGCCUCCCUACCAUCCCUCAACAAGGAUCCUUGGCUUGGAGUCUUCCUCCUUUCUCCCAAAUCUUCUUUCUCGGUGCACUUCCCCCCCUGGAGUCUCCUAAAGCAGGACCAGGAGUUCCCACUUCUGCUGUCUGCAGUUGUCUGGUGCUUGUACUCAUGGCGACAUCAGCUACCAGCCCCGGUUCACCUCUCCGGGCUGAGGAUCUCCUGAGUGAUUCAUCAGAAGCCCCUGGGCUGAACCAAGUAUCCUCUGAGGUGACCUCCCAGCUCUAUGCUUCUUUGCACCUCAGUCGUCAGGCGGAGGCCACCGCCCGAGCCCAGCUGUAUCUCCCCACCACCUCCCCACCUCCCCAUGAGAUGUUAGAUGGCUUGGCCCAAGAGCUGAGUCACAGCUUGUCGGUUGGCUUGGAGAACAACCUGAAGAAAAAGGAUGGCUCCAAGCAUAUUUUUGAGAUGGAAAGUGUUCGGGGUCAGCUCCAGAGCAUGCUCCAAAACUCUCGGGAUACGGCCUAUCGGGAUCCCAUCACUCCAGGUCCUGGCUCAGAGAGACGAGAAGACGACUCAUUUGACAGUGACAGCACAGCCACCUUGCUUAACACCCGGCCCCUGCAAGGCUUAUCUCCAUCUAGCUCAGCCCAAGCCCUGGAGGAGUUGUUUCCCCGCUAUGCCAGUCUUCGGCCGGGGCCCCCCCUCAAUCCCCUGGAUUUCCAGGGCCUGAGAGAUGCACUGGAUUCUGAACACACCCGUCGCAAGCAUUGUGAGCGCCAUAUUCAGACCCUACAGACCCGGGUGCUAGAGCUUCAGCAGCAGUUAGUUGUGGCUGUGACUGCUGACCGCAAGAAAGAUAUCAUGAUCGAACAGUUGGACAAGACCCUGGCCCGAGUGGUGGAGGGCUGGAACCGUCACGAGGCCGAGCGGGCAGAGGUGCUUCGGGGGCUCCAGGAGGAACGCCAGGCAGCCGAACUUACCAGAAGCAAGCAGCAGGAGACAGUGACCCACCUGGAGCAAAGCCUUUCCGAGGCCAUGGAGGCCCUGAAUCGUGAGCAGGAAAGUGCCAGACUGCAGCAACGGGAAAGAGAGACACUGGAGGAGGAGAGGCAGGCUCUGACCCUGAGCUUGGAGCUGGAGCAGCAGCGGGGCCGGGCCCUGCAGGAGGAGCGGGAUGAGGCUCGGGCUGGGCAGCUGAGUGAGCGUCGACAGCUGGAGGCGCUGAAGCUGGCCCUGGAAGAGGAGCGGCAGGCCUGGGCCCAGCGAGAGCUCGAGCUCCAGGAGCGCUACGGGGCCCUGCAGGAGGAGGUGCACGCUCAGCUGGAAAAGGAGAAGGGGAACACCCAGAGGGAGGUGCAGGCGGCGCGGGAGGCCCAGCAGCAGCUAACGCUGGUGCAGUCGGACGUGCGGCGGCUGGAAGGGGAGCUGGACACGGCUCGGAGAGAGCGAGACGCCCUGCAGCUGGAGAUGAGCUUGCUGCAGGCGCGGUGUGAGAGCCAGCGGAUCCAGCUGCAGUCGGAGCUGACCCUGCAGCUGGAGCAGCGGGUGAGCGAGCGCCUGGCGCAGGCCCAGGAGAGCAGCCUGCAGCACGAGGCCUCCCUGCGGGAGCAUCACAGGAAGCAGCUGCAGGACCUGAAUGGACAACACCAGCAGGAACUGUCCACUCAGCUGGCUCAGUUCAAGGUGGAACUGGCAGAGCGAGAGGAAAGGCAGCAGCAGGUGGCUCAGGACUACGAGCUCAGACUGGCCCGGGAGCAGGCUCGCGUGCGUGACCUGCAGAGCGGCCGCCAGCAGCUGGAGGAGCAGCGGGCCGAGCUGGUGGAGCGACUCCAGGCCAUGCUGCACGCCCACUGGGAGGAGGCCAGCCAGCUGCUCAGCGCCCCCACCUUGCCUCCGAACCCCCCGGUUCCUACCACCAGGCCCUCCAGCCCUGGGCCUCAGGAGCCAGAGAAGGGGGAGCGGAGGCUGUGGACUCUGCCUCCCGUGGCCGUGGCCCUGAAGCCCGCACUGCAGCAGAGCCGGGAAGCGGGGGAUGAGGCGCUUGGAGCCCCACCUGUCCUCUGCAGCCCGUCCCCAGACCUCAGCCUCCUGCUGGGCCCCCCUUUCCAGAGCCAGCACUCCUUCCAGCCCCUGGAGCCGAAGCCGGGCCUCACCUCAUCCUCCGCUGGGGGCUUCCACCCUGACCACAGGCCGGAGCGGCCGUUCCCUGAGGAAGAUCCUGGGCCCGACGGGGACAGCUUCCUCAAGCAGGGGCUGCCGGCCCCCUCCCAGCUCGAGGGCCUCAAGCAUUUUUUGCACCAGCUGCUGGAGACGGUACCCCAGAACAGCGAGGUCCCCUCUGUUGAUCUGUUGCCCCCGAAGCCUGGUCCGCUGGCUGGCCCGUCAUGGGAGGAAGCAGCCCCGCACGUGCCACACCUCCCACCCCCUGUUCAUAAAACCAAAGUGCCCCUAGCCAUGGCGUCCAGUCUUUUCCGGGUGCACGAGCCUCCCUCAAGCCACUCCCAGAGCAGCGGUCCCAGCAGUGGCUCCCCAGAGAGGGGUGGAGACGGGCCGGCUCCCGCGGGGCAGCUGAUGGACGUGUCUCAGCUCUUACGACUGUACCAGGCCCGGGGCUGGGGGGCGCUGCCUGCCGAGGACCUGCUGCUCUACCUGAAGAGGCAGGAACAGGGCAGGUACCAGCCUGGAGGGCAGGGAGGAUGGGGGGGACGGAGGGGGACGGACAGCCGAGGGGAUAAUGUCCCCAGAAGGAACACAGACUGCCGCUUGGGUGAGAUCCCCCGGAAAGAGAUCCCCUCCCAGGGGCUCCCUCGCCGUCUCGCUCCAGCCCCUAAGACUGAAAAACCUCCAGUUCGCAGGAAAGGCGGGCACCCCGCCCCCAGCAGCAUGAGGAGCCGGGGGGGCAUCUGGAGAUGAGCCCCUUGCCCUUUCUACUCUUCUCCUUUUACUAAAUGCUCGAGGGUCUGUAUUCGAGUCUCAGACUCCUAGGCAUCUGAAAAAAUGGAGAUUUUAUAGGAAACUACUUUGUAAAGAAACCUCAUUUGGUUUGAGAAUGUUUUUUAUACGUUAUAUGUUCCCAUUUUCUAUUCUGUGGAAAAGGCAGGAAGGCUUUGAAGAAAGACCGCCUCUGGCUAGGUUCGAGAAGUUCCAGUGAGCUAAGGUUCAGUGUUUCGAGAGUAGAACGUGCAGAGCGAUUAGCUGCGGUUGGCAGUGGAAUUAUGGAAGAUUCUAAUUUUCUUUAUACAUUUCUGUAUUUCUACAUUUUCCAAAACAAGCAUGUAUGACUUAAUAAUCAGA